GAUACUAAACCGGCGGCCUACACGUAUAAAGCGGCAGAGAAGAAAAUAACUAGGGUUUAAGAAGAAAAAAAAUCGAAAGGUGAAGGCGAAUUGAGAUAAUGGCAAAAUUUAACGAAGUGCAGAAGAAGAGGAGAGCAUUAAUCUCAGAGAGCAAAAGAGCAAGACAUGGUGACCCCAAUACCCGUAAGCUUAAGCAGAAGGCCCAACCCCUUUCUAUAUCGGGAAAGCGUAAACGCAAGCUCUUCAAGAAAUGGCGCAGGGACCAAAAGGAGGCUAUUGAGAAGGGUGUGAUAACUAUGCAGGAUGUGGAGAUGGCUGUGGCUGAUUCUGCUGAAGGGAAAACUCAAGAUGCCAAAAAGACUCCUGUUAAAUUUCCCAUGAAGAAGAGCUCAAAACUUAAACUGAAGAAGAAAGGCAAGUUCCUAUAGAGUUGCUAUUUUAUGGCCUCAUUUCAGAUUAUUAUGGAUUCUUUGUCGAUUUUGCUUAUUGAUUACAAAUGCAUGUGUACAGGAAAGAACAAAAGGAAAUCUGAUAAGCAAGCUACAGAAGCUUCCACAGAUGCAAUGGUGGAGUAAGCAUAUCAGGAACAACACCCAGUGUAAUCCUAUAGCUGGAAGAGCAUUAGAAUCACAUGGCUAACUACUUGAUGAGCAAUAUGUAUCUUCUUCUUUUUCUUCUUCUGUCCCAAAAGUUAACAAUGGCUUGUAAUCUACUUUUGUAUCGUCUUGCUACUAGAAAAAAAGAGGUGGGUUCUUAUAGUUUCUUUUUGUCAGUGGUCAUAUGUUCUGUAUUCAUGCAAUUUUGUGGAUAGGAUGGAUGUUCUAGGAUUAAAGAUGUUCUGAAACAAGA